AUGACCAGAGAUCCCAGCCGGCCCCAACUGGUCAUCCACUCGAAGCACCACGUCUCCGACCGAACGGCCUCCUCUGGCUCGUUCCACGCCGGCGCUCCCAUUCCCACCCUGGGCUCGUUCCGCCGGCAGUCGUCGACGCAUAAAUACCAGACCUUCCCGGUGCAGCCGCCCAAGACGCCGCUGGGCCCCCCCCCCGUCCCCAGCCAGGAUGCCGUUUCCGAGUCUACAGAGUCGUCCGCCAGCGGCGAGGACGACGAGACGCCCCUGCCCGUGCGGCAGCUGCUGCUGCUGGCGUUCCUGUCCCUGUCCGAGCAGACGGCCCUCAACUCCAUCGGGCCCUAUCUGCCGGAGAUGGUGGCUUCCAUGCCCGGCGUGCCCGGCGGCGAGAACGGCCUGUACGUAGGCCUGCUGGCGAGCGCCUUUGCCCUCGCCCAGCUGUCCACCAACUUCCUGUGGGGGUACGCCUCGGACAUCGUGGGCCGUAAGCCGGUGCUGGUGGCGGGCACCUUUUCCCUCAUGGGCUGCUUCUGCGUGUUUGGCUUUUGCAAGGAGUACUGGCAAAUGGUGGUGAUACACGCGCUGAUGGGCAUGCUCAACGGCAACGCGGCCUGUGUCCCGACGGUCCUGGGCGAAGUCACCGACCGGUCGAACCAGAGCAGGGCCUUUACCUACCUGCCCGUCAUCUACUCGCUGGGCAGCAUCACCGGCCCCGCGCUCGGGGGUCUUCUGGUCAACAAGAUGGGGUCCGAGUACCCAUAUCUCGGGCCCAACGUCCUCGGCGCAGCGAUGCUGGCUGCGAGCGUGGUCGUGGUUGGAAUCUGGUUCGAGGAGACGCUCGACGAGUCGGGCAAGAGCCCUUGGAGACCGGCUUGGAUCAGCCGUCUUGUCGCGUGGGUCGACGGUUCCGGCAAACCGGGGGACCGCAGGGCGUCUUGGAGCUCGCGCUUGGCAGAGGCUUCGGCCUCGCAGCAGCCGCUCCUAUCGUCUAGCUCAUCGACAUCAUCCUCUGUCGACCAAGACGAUGCCGACACUGAUGGAGACGAUGUCAAGGACGGUGGUGUCAGUGGCAGGCCUGUCUGGAAAGACUUGCUCAACCGGACAACCAUCAUCCUCCUUGCCACGUAUCUCGUUUUCCAGCUCUCCAACAUCAGCUUCAACAGCCUGUAUCCCAUCUUUGCAUCCGCCCCCGCGCCGGCCGGCCGUGACCUGAGCCCCAAAAAGAUUGGCUUCAGUCUCAGCGCCGCUGGUCUUGCCACCAUUGCGUUUCAGGCCUUUCUCUUCCAGUCCAUCAAGUCCAAGAUUGGGAACUUGGGCUCGUACCGAUACGCCUUGCUCGGGCUCGGCGUCAGCAUGAUUCUGAUGCCCUGGGUGGGCUACCUUGAUGACGAUCCGCCGUUGAACAUCGGCAGCGGCCGAUUGUGGCUGUUCGCCGAGCUGGCCAUGGUCCUGAUCUUGAAGAAUAUUUGCGCCGUCGGUGGACUGUCGAGCGUAAUGCUGCUUAUUACCAAUUCUGCGCCGUCGCACGCCAGCCUAGGCACACUAAACGGUGUUGCUCAGACAUUGUCCGCUCUGGGGCGCAGUUUCGGCCCAUUUGUGUCGGGCGGCCUCUUCACCCUCUCGGUCAAUAUUCGACCCAAGGGGGAGGCUCUCUCAUGGAGCUUGUUUGGUGGUCUGGCAUUGGUGGGCUGGGGCGUCUCCAUGUUUAUUCGGGGGGAAGGACUCGAGAGCGAAGACUGGUCAGACGACGACGACGAGGCCGAGACAGCUUAG